CCACCCCGCCCGGUGCUAGGGCGCCGGGGGCAACUGCAAGAAAAACUUCAAGGAAAAAAAAUACUUCAUGUCCCAAUAAUACCAACUCUUUCAUUACGAGUCUCGAUACGAAGGCUUUCAAUCAACAACAAUACCAACUCCUUCGAUACGAGCCUCGAUAUGAAAGUCUCGAACAACCCUUCUCCUGACGAGAAUUUUGAAACUCCUCUAUGGCCGCCCCCGCCUGAGCCCCGCAUACGACAUCAGGACAUUCAACCCGCCGAGGCUGACCCCGUUGGGGAAUGGCUCUUACAAACCGACGAGCCCGUCGAAGCGGUACUGGCGAAAAUAGAUCUGAUAGCCCUGCCUUGUUUUGCUAUGGCGAUCCAGGGGUUGGGAAGACUUACCCGGGGGUCGGGAAGACUUAGGCGUACAUCAGUUCCCUGGUGAUAAACGACAUAGUCUAUUGGGUCAGAAGACGGAGUAUUGCAGUUGCCCGUUUCUACUUUGAUUUUCACUACCUAGAAAGAGCAGUCUCCGACGAGUCUACCAGGCAUGGCCUGGUGGAUUGGAAAAGAUUCCGGAAAAAAUAUUCCAGGCUUUUCAAAACCAGAAAAAGGUUAUCCGGAUCACCGAGUCAAGCUUCUUGAUUCGCUAAGUCAAAUUCUCCAAAAGUCUCCAGGCACUCGAAUAUCCGGAUUCAUGACUGGAAGACCACAUAUCCGGAGUGAUCCGGGGUGAGAUUGAGAAGCAUCUUCCUGGAAGAGUAACGAUUGUGUCCAUAAGGCCGGAGGCAGAUACCUUUUCCAAAACCACUUUUUUACAGGAUCCUCUAAAACCGGUUAGCCGAAAAUGUUCCUUCGAUAGAGACAUUGCUAGGCUGCUGCCAAGGGCUCAUCGCCAUGGAGAAGGACUCUUCGACUGCCCGUUUUGUCUAUUUUACUCUGCAAGAAUAUUUUAAGUACCCAAUACAACACGAUAAUACGCCGGUUCCCACAUCCCAGACAACCACGAUCGAAUGCCACGGAGCAUGAUCACGAUGAAGGGCCGGAACUGUUGGGGGGUGCGAAAGGCUAUUGCCCUAGAAUCUUCUGGGGCGGAAGGGCACAAGGUUUCUUCAUGUAUUUGAAUGUGGAACAUGAUGUACUCUCAAUAGCCUCAUAGAUAGAUUGGUUAAUUUCAAUACCAACUACUAUCUGAUUA